AUGACAAUCAGUGGUGGCACAGUCAUAUCGAAAUCUGAUUUACAAAACAACAAUAACUUCCUUGAUCUUGCAAGUUAUGAAGAUACCAUUGAGGGAAAAUUGAAUCCCUACUUCCUAAUUGAUGUGCUCGGUGAAAUUUUUGAUAUGCGCACUAUACAGACUGUGCAAGUCAAGAACGAAGAUCCGAAGAGGGUUGUAUUCCGACUACGUGACACAAAUGGGAAUGACAUGGAGUGUUGUCUGUGGGAGAAAUCCGCAGAACUUAUUGAAUCUCAUCUUCAAGAGAAUGAAGGGAUGUUGCAAGCCGAGCUUCCUCUUGCUAUUUUGGAAAACAAACCGGAUUACAAGGUUGUGAAGCAGCAAGCAGAAGAUUGGGAUGAUGUUCAAGUCUGUUCAAUUUCUGAGAUUUUGGUGGCUGUUGAGGCGCAAAAAUGCAAAAUCGUAUGCUCCAUCGAAUCAAUUAACACAGAUUGGGGUUGGUUCUUUUUUGGACAUGAUGCAAAUGGAUGCAACCGGCGUGUUACUAGGAUUGGUAGAAAUGAUCCUAGAAGAAUUGCAAAAAAUGAAAAACCAUUAGGGCGUUGUGAGAACUGUCGUGCUAAUGUCACUAAUGUGUCUCCAAAAUAA